AUGGGGAAAGUCAAGAAUACGAAUAGGCCUCUGACACAGGAAGAAAUAUGGGACGAUUCCGCCCUGGUUCAAAGCUGGGAUGAAGCGGUCGAAGAGUACAAGUUGUAUCACAGCAUCCAUGCCAAAGGAGAGAACGUCGAAGAUGUUCUCAGAGAGGCAGAGGCUGCAGAGCGUGCUGGGAUGGAUCAGGAGGAACAGCAGCCUGAUGAAGCUGUCGAUGCCAUGGAGGAUGAUGACGCAGCGAGGACGGCAGCAUCGGCUACAGCACAACAAAGCUCAUCAAUGCAGGUACCAGAUGCCGCAGAGGUGUACCCGACAGCGACUGAUCACCAGCCCUCCGAGACGAAACAUCCAACGGAGCCUGCUCCUGUGGGAGCAGCUGCGAUGCCACAUGCUGCUUUAGCACAAGUCCAGGACGAAGGGUUGAGGAACCUGAUGAUGGCCUGGUAUUUUGCCGGGUACUACACCGGUCUAUAUGAAGGGCAACAACGAGCGAGCCAGAACAACAGCUCAUGA